UUAUAAACUGCGACAGUAACUGAGUUUUCCAGAACAUCACAAAGCGAAGACUACUUGACGAGAAAGAAAAAUUAUCACAUCUCAAAAAAAUGGCGAACUACCAACUACACGGGCAGGGACAAGAUACGGGAGCAUUUUCAAACCCAACCAUGGCAAAUCAAGUUGACUUCAAUUGUAGAACAAGUCGCCAUAACUGUUCUGCAAUACAUUACUCCUAUUUCCCAUAUGUUCCCACUCAACCCCAAGAAUAUUUCUGGUCACCAUGUAAAUGUAUUGGCGCGAAUGAAGACAAAGUGAAGCCACCCUAUAGCUACAUUGCUUUGAUAGCGAUGGCAGUUGAAAACCAGCCUGAUAAAAAGAUAACUUUGAACGGUAUCUACCAAUUCAUUAUUGAAAGGUUCCCUUAUUACAGGAAGAACCGUCAUGGAUGGCAGAACUCAAUCAGACAUAACCUGAGUUUGAAUGAUUGCUUUGUUAAAGUCCCCAGGGAUGACAAGAAAGCAGGAAAAGGUUCUUACUGGUCCUUAGAUCCUGACAGCUACAACAUGUUUGAAAAUGGCAGCUACUUGCGAAGACGGAAACGAUUUAAAAAGAAGAAAGAGAGUCGGGAAGAUUCUGAGAGUAGUUUUGGUGAAACUUCAAGGAGUUCGUCUCAAGAGAGAGACACAAGUCCACAGGGACAAACACAUGAUAAUAUAGCAAGCUGGCCCCCAACAACUCAUGAACGAACUAGUGUUAUUAAUACAAAUAUUCCUUCAGGAUAUUUUCCUCUUAACUUGGAACAUCAAGUUGAGCAAGUCAACGACCCUUUCAGGCGACAAGAAGAGUUUCCAUUUCAAACAGAACAGAGGAAUGAUGUUUCUCCUUGUGAAAGUCGUUUCCCACCUCAAUGUAGCAGGACGGAUCAAACCAUCCCAGCUCACAAUAUAACCUCACCAAACAAUCCUAACCUUACUGAUUCAAACUGGCGCGGCUAUCAAUCGCAACAGAAUCCCAACUACCGCCCAAUUCAUAAUCCAACAUUAAAUUUUAAUUCCAAUCAUGGCAAAGAUAAGCCAAGGUUGUUUUCGGGUUAUCCUGCCGUCGCUGAAGAAAUGUAUUCUAAUCCACAAAUUUCCUCACCUCUGAACCCAGCAAGAAGCGCCCCGUGCAAUGUUCCUGCGAGAACUGCUCCAUAUUACGAAGAAGACAUGAACAGACAUCCUAAACAAUACACAGAAAGAUACGUAAGAAAUCACGCAAACAACUUUCAACCGCCAUUUCCUUCUGAGUACACGACGUUUGAAGAAAAUCAAAGGUGUUUGGCAAGAGAAGGACAGAAUGUUUCAAAGGUUUGUUCAUCAAAUGAAGGCCAGUGGAAUGGUUUCACUCCACCAAGAACAGAACAUACAGGAACAAACAUUUUUACUGCACGUCCACCAUUCGGGAAUUGUUCAUGGUCUUGAACUUUAAUCUAUUCAUAUGUCAGGUGAAGACAUUGUAUUAAACUUCCUUCAUAGUACGGUCGUAAUAUUGUAUAAAUAAGUUGGAUAUAAUAAGUUUUAAAAUAUGUCGUAUGCAGUUCAGGCAUGUACUAGCUGCUUUAUGGCCUUGGCGGGCUCUUUUCCACUUCAAAUGCAUUUUAAAAAAUUGUCGUUAGUUCCAACCUACAGUGCUCAGGACACAAUUAAAGAAAUACAUUUCCGUGUGAUGAUUUGAUGAAGUGGAAAAUAGUCUUGCUUUAACUAAGAUCUAAGUGUAAAGAUAUUCCAUUAUAGACUAAAGGUAAAUUUAAAU